GUGAGUGUGCUCCCAGCAGUGUCUGUGUAUGAGGGGAAGUAGUCUCGAGUACUUGGGUGUUUUUUCCAUUUGUGGUGAAGAUGAAGCUGCUACUCGCAUUGUCUGUUGUCCUCAUUGCCCUCUCUGUGUUGGCAGAACCCAGCUCAGCAGAGUCCCAGGAGCCCUCCGUAAAAGAAAAGUUCAAAAAUAUUGGAGAAGCCAUAAAAGAUGCAGCUGUCAAAGUGGGAGAAAAGGCCAAGUCUGUAAUUAAAGACCUGCAUGAUAGUAAAUUUGGUACAAAGACCAGGGAACUUUUUACCGAAGGCAUUCAGAAAAUCAAAAACAAGUUCUCUAAGUAAUCUGAAAAGAAGAAUUUAGAAGAAUCUCUGCAGAACAGGAACCCUUCACCUAGCUAAAUAUUUCCAAAGAAUGAUAUAGACAUUUCCUUUCUGAGCAUAGUGAUUUUAAUUCUCCCACUUUUCUUGAGAAAAUAAUAAACUACGUGUCUCCCAA